GGGGAGUGCAAGGGGGAAGAGGAUGAGAGGGGCAAAGGCGCGGAGGGAUACGCGGUAGUGCGGUUCGGUUUGAACUCCUGAGGCGGGACCGAGCCGCUAGGUACAUGUAAUUACGGGAGAGCAAAGGCUGGCUGAAUGCUCCCUAGAAAACAUCACUAAGAAUGCGCGGGCGACCUAAGAAAGUAAAUGUUCCCCUGAAAGCUAAAGAAAAUGAGAGUGUCUGUUCUGAAGGGAAGGAGGAGGCCGUUUGCACUGAUCUCUCAAAAGGCCACAAGAUUUGCAAAGUGACUAAAUCAAAAGUCAUCAAGGCAUUCAAGAAGGAGAAAGGCAGUGACCUGAACCAAGCGCAGUUGCAAGAAUGCACCCUGAGACACAGCACAGGCCUCGGGAAGGAAUUGUGCCACAAUAAGGAAGAGGAUGGCAGCUGUCAGUAUACUUGGAGCUUUUCUGAUACACCAACAAGGGAUGUGGUCAUUGAACCUCCCUUGCCUUUGAACAGCAAGGAAAAUUUGUCACAAAGUAGGCCUGUUUCUUUGGGUGGUGAAUGCUACUUCACACCUAAUAGGAACAAAGCAGAAAAAUCUGAUUGUGGAACACCAGAGAAACGGGAAAAAAGUGUUGGUUUUGCAGCUGUAACAACUGGUGAAUUUGGGAUUACUCAAGAAAGCUUCACUACACCAUCUCUUGGGAAAUCUCCAACUCCAUUAAAAUUUCGCCGAAGAUCAACAAUUGGAGUACGGGGGUCACCAGAAAAUAACGCCCUUAUUCAGUACCUUGCCCAGCAGAGAAGCAACAGGAAAAAAGCAACACAGGUGAGACAGGUUAGUCCUUUAAAAUACAAACCUGCCAGGUCGAUGAAGGACAAGAUAGAUGCUUUUCAAGCAUCUUUUAAAUCAGUACAAGAAGUUGAAGCGGAAACUGGCUCCUCUGGACUGUCACAAGUGAAUGCUGCUUCCCAGGGAACAGGCUCUUCUCAGAACAAAGUAUGUUUUACAGAAGAGCAGAACCUGGAUCAGUGCAGUGAAAAGUUCAUGUCUGGUGACAAUGGAGCUGAUCUGAAAGAGAAUCCAAGACAAAAUUUGACCAGCAGCAGUAAGCCUGAUACCGAGAUCUUGUCUUCAUGCCAGGAUGCAUCUGUCACUGAGCCUGCUGCUGCUGUUUCAAAGGAAAGGGUUUACGAGCAACACAAUCCUAUUGAGUCGUUGGAGACUGUUAUAACUAAAGAUGUCUUAGAAACAGGCCAUGAUUCCAGUUGUGAGCACAUCACUAAAGACGUUACAAGUAAUGUUAUGUCAGAUCUAAGCAGAAGGGAAGUCAGCUUUGCAGAAGAGCCCAGCCUGGGAAUGUGUGAUGAAAGCAAGGCAGCAGUCACACCACAACACUUAGGAAGGGGUUCCCUACCUGAGCACAGAGAGAGCGGCUCCCUCUUGCGAUCUGUGCUGAAGAAAAUGCUGACCAAGGAAUACUUAAGUGGGAUUGACAGAGGAGGAGGUGAAUCUCUUGCAGUCUCCAGCUGUGCAGAAACCUUUGAAGCAGUGCAAACAGUGUAUUUUAUUACAGAAACAUGGAGCUCCAAAAAGCUAAGGAAGAGAGUCACUUUUGGAAGAGUCCUGAGCCCAGAAAUAUUUGAUGAAGCUUUACCUGCAAAUACUCCAGUGCGCAAAGGAGCAACCCCAGUCAGACAUCCAGGCCUACAAAGCAACAGACCUUCUGCAAGGCCAAGUCUCCUUGAGGAACCCUUCCCGCAGCUGAACUUUGAUUGCAGCAAUGAGUGUGUUGAGCCUCUUCAAGAGUCACUGGAGGGUUCUUUUGCUGCAGAAGACCUUUUACCUGUUGAAACUGCAGAAGCAGAAAGUGACAAACCUGAUAUGACAGAAACUCCUUCUUCUGCUAAAAGGAAGUGUAGCACCAUUUCAGAGGAGACCGAUUUCAGCAUCUCAAAAGCCACAAGUAAUCUGAAUGCUAAGGAUACUCAAAAUCCAGGAAAGAACAAGGUUCAAAGACAAAGGAAUGUAACCACGUCUGCUGCCAAAAAAACACAAAAAGUAAAACAUACAGGCUAUGGGAAAAGAAGAAGGAAAAAAGUAAAUAAGUCUUUAUAUGGGGAGAGAGAGAUGGCUUCUAAGAAACCUCUUCUCAGCCCUAUCCCUGAAAUUCCAGAGCUUUUCUCUGCCUCAUCUUCAAACUCAACAAAGGCAAUUGCAUUUUUUUCAGAGGACGUACUUUUAGAGGAUACCAAAUCUGGAAAUGCUGGCAAGGAUGUUCAACAGAAGCUGGUGGCUGAAGAAAUAGGAGGAAAAACCACCUGUGUGAUUCAUACAUUCUCAGGCUCUGAGGAUCUGGAUGCAGGAGAAGCCAGCAGCCCCAGUGACACAGUGUUCCAGGUGCCAGAGGGAGAUCUGGAGCCUGUGUCUGGCAAUGAACAGGAGUUUUCAAACAUGCCAGAUGCGAAGUGUGCUUUUGAUACAUCUGACCAUUUCCAACAAGGUGAAGAGACUGCCUGUGUAAAAAAGGCAAAAGAAAGUGGUUUCUUGAUAGAAAAUUGGAAAUUACGAGAAAAUCUCCUCAAUGAGGCAGAGCAGCUGACAGGGCUGGAGCUUCUGAACCAACAGGACAUGAGUGAACAUGCAGAUGCCCAAAGAACUCAGUGUCCACAAAAGGAUUCAACAAGAAGUGGUCCAUCAAGAGGAAGAAGAAGAAGAAGCAGCAGUGCCAUGUGUUUUCUUCCCAUGGGAAACUCUCUUCCAUUUGCUUCUUAUAAUGUGGAAGAAAUCUUCUCUGCUCCUCAUCUAGAAAAACAGAAGAGUGACAACAGUGGUGGAAUGAGAGUGAGGCGCAGCAUGAGACUACAUAAAGGUGCAGAAACUGAAGGACUUGCAUGGAUUGAAGUACCCUGUGAGAUCCAGAAGAACCCUCCCCUGGUAGCUUCUGCUUGCAAAACCAGGAGAAGGACAAUAAGCACAUCCACCUUUACAGAAUCUGAGAAACUUCACCAUAAAAGACAAAAUCUUCUCCAGUUUUCAGCAUCAGGGAAGAACAAUGACUCUGUUAAUCUUGAUGACGGGCCUUCCAAAAGAUGGAGGAGGAAAAGCAUGUGUGAACUCACAGCUCAAGAAACACGAACUUACUCUCCAACCCGGAGAAGGAGCAGAAGACAUUCUGUAUACAGGAAGGACAGAAGUAACCAGAAUCAUUAUGAUGAACUAGAAAUACCUCUUGAAAAUAACAUUUAGUGAGGUUUCAUCUGAUUGUCUAAAGUGAAGAUUUCAAAAUUAUCCUAAAAAGACCCCUUAAGUUGCUCUGCAAAUAAGAAAGAAAUCACUUCUGGCUUAAAGGAGAGGAGUAGAAGGCGGGGAAGCUGUUACCAUCUUCUGAAAAGACUUUGCUUUACCUUCUGGGCAUGAGCAAGGGUAGAGGCCCUAUAAGUAAGGCUGAGUUUUGUGUUAGAAUUAAUGAAUUCUGUUUCUGCUGUGAAGGUUGGACAUUAGUGGAAAAAAAAUUAAAUCUUUGUCAUAUUUAAAACUAAUUUAAAAAAAAUAAAUUGGUUAAGGAGAGUGAAACAUUCAUCAUACAGUAAAGCUGUGCUCCACCUCUGGCCAUGUCCAAGCUUUGGUGUGUGUGUGCUGAACAGUGC